AUGGCCGGCUCCGCCCAAGACAAGAAGGCGUCUGAGGCCCCGUCGACCGUGGGGGGCCGCGUCUGGGCCAAGGCCGUCAAGAUCUUCAAGCUCAUCCUCGCGCAGUGGCUAGUGAUUGGGUUUGGGCUCAGCUGCGUGUUUGCAUACUUCUUCCCCAACGUCGCGGCCCGCGGUGGACCCAUCAAAUCGGAAUACUCCAUCAUCUACGGCGGCAUCGCCAUCAUCUUCCUCGUCAGCGGCCUCCAGCUCUCCCACGCGAAGCUCAGACAGAAUGUUACCAACUGGCGGCUGCACAUCAUCGUUCAAGGCAUCAGUUUCAUCAUCAUUCCCGUAAUCCUGCUAAGCGGCCUCCGCAAUGGCGUCCUCUCCACGCCCAUCAUCGUCGGCAUGGUUGUCGCCUCCUGUCUCCCGACGACCAUCGCGUCCAACGUGGUCAUGACGCGCGCCUCGGGCGGCGACGACGCGGCGGCCAUCAUCGAGGUCGUCAUCGGCAACGUCCUGGGCUCCUUCAUCUCCCCGGGCCUCAUCUACGGCUUCAUCCCCAAGACGGACGAGUUCAGGGUCUGGCAGCCCGCGAACCCGAGCACGCUCGGCGCCAUGUACGCCAACGUCCUCCAGCAGCUGGGGCUGAGCGUGCUGCUCCCCCUCGCUGUCGGCCAGGCGCUGCGCUGGUUCUUCGAGAAGCAGGUCGACUGGGCGCUGCGGACCUUCUACCUCGCCAAGGUGUCGACCUUCUGCCUGAUCCUGCUCGUCUGGACCACCUUCUCCGCCGCCUUCAAGACGGGCGCGCUCUACCAGACCCCGCACGCCUCCAUCAUCUUCAACGUCUUCAUGAACGUCGCGCUCUACAUGCUCUUCACCCUCAUCUGCUUCUACGCCGCCCGCCCGCCGCUGCCCCUGUGCGACGCCGUCAACCCACGCGUCGCCGACUCCGCGCUGAUGAUGCGCCGCUCGCCCUCGCUCCUCCGACGCGCCGUGACCGUCCGCCGGCUGCCCCGGGAGCAGACCAUCGCCGUUUGCUUCUGCGGCGCCGCCAAGACGACGUCGCUCGGCAUCCCGCUCGCCACCGCCAUGUGGACCCAGUCCGACGACCUCACCCGCGCCCUGAUUCAGAUCCCCGUGCUGCUGUACACCAUCGAGCAGGUCUUCAUGGCACAGAUCCUCGUGUACGUGUUCAAGUGGUACCUCAGGAGGGGCGCCAAGGCGGACUCGGAGACGUUGACUACGGAGGACGAAGAGGCGGGUAGUAAUUCUGGGGCGGGGGAAGUCAGGGAAGAUGGAACCGGCGACGGAGACGGGUCUCAUGGGGCUUUGGAUCAUGACUGUGAAAAGAAGCCUGGCGCAGUAGAGGGCGGGAAUAAUGCGGUGCCUGUCAAGACGAUAUCGUAG